AUGACCGGUGGCAGCUUCACCACAUUUGACAGAAAUGAAGCCAGUGCUGGUAGACUGACCGGACACGCCUACAUUCGCGGUCCUAAGCACCUUCACUUACCCAUCCUUACCAUCGGCUUCCUAGGCAUUCAGCUUUUCUGGUCUGUAGAACAAUCCUACGGGUCUCCGUAUCUGCUUUCGCUUGGUCUCUCAAAGUCCGCCAUGGCUAUGGUCUUCGUAGCGGGACCUCUGUCCGGCUUGGUCGUGCAGCCACUGAUUGGUGUGCUCGCCGACGGGUGCACAUCGAGGUGGGGACGACGACGACCAUAUAUGAUGGGAGGUGUGCUCAUAUGCAUUUCUGCGAUGCUUUUGUUGGGAUGGACGAGACAGGUUGGGGCCUGGUUCACGUCAAAGCAAUCUUUGGUAGUGUGGCUAGGCAUCCUUUCCAUAUAUUUUAUCGAUUUCAGUAUCAAUGCAGUCAUGGCCGUGGAUCGCGCCCUUCUCGUUGAUACCUUGCCAGCCUCGCAGCAACCAGCCGCAAACGCAUGGGCCGCGGCGAUGUUUAGUCUAGGAAGCGUCAUCGGCUUUUUCUUCGGUAACCUAGACCUCCCCUCUCUUCUGCCGUUUCUUGGACAUGCAGAACUCGAGGUUUUCAGUAUCAUUGUCAGCUUCCUUCUACUUGCCGGGCACGUUUCAAUGGCCAUUUUCGUCAAGGAAAAAGUCCUUCUCACAAUAGCACCGGGUCCUAGAGGCCCGCUCAUCCGAACAUUCAUCCAACAAUUCAAGACGAUAUUUACCAGUAUUCGGACGCUGCCUAGAGUAAUUAAACAGAUCUGCAUAAUACAAUUCUUUACCUGGAUUUCUUGGUUCCCGUUGCUCUUCUACACCACGCUCUACAUCGGAGACCUUCACAAACGGGAAUAUUAUACGUCUCUUCUCCUUACGGAAUCCGUCGGCCCUUCAACUUUGGAGUUAAUCAAUUCUACAGGUAUUUCGAGGCAGGACGACAUAGAUGCGUUGGAGGCGGAAUCUACGCGUCUAGGGUCUCGGGCCCUUUUCUUCUCAUCAAUAUUGGCUCUCUUGUCGAAUGUUCUUCUCCCUUUUUUUAUCGUCAAACCACGUCAUAAACCAGCGCGUCAUGUUAAUGCCCGAUACUAUAAUACUCGGGCGCAGAAUGAAACGGAUGGGUAUACACAAAGUCCUACUGCGGCAGGGAGGUUGUGGGCGUCAUGGAGAAUUCCCGACGUGAUCAGGGUGCAUCUGGCGAGCCUGUGGGCCGUGAGUCAUGUGGUGUUUGCUGGAUGCAUGUUGGGCACUUUCUUCACAACCUCAGUCAAAGGGGCAACCUUUCUGAUAACCGUAACCGGAUUCUCGUGGGCCAUCGUUCAGUGGGCUCCAUUUGCAUUGUUAGGUGAAGCCAUAUUGACGGAGCCAACGUCUGGUGCCGGUGACGCGGGUGCUAUAAUGCUCACGGACACGAGGUCUUCCAAUGCAGGGGUGGAAGAGGUCGUGUUCGAGGAUCCAGAACAUGAUUCCGACUCUGAUAUCGGAUCGGACCAGAAAGAGACAUCAAGAUCAAGGCUGAUGGGCAAUCCUGAUGCUAGUGUCAGUAGGGUCAACAUCUCUGGGAAUCGCGUUGAAUUGUAUGAAGAGGAGGAAGAGGAGGAAGAGGAGGGUGAAGAUGCUGUGUUAGUCGGUAGGCGGAGAUCGGAUCUUGAAAUUAGCGAAACAGGAGAUGGGGUAACUACCGAAGACUUGAGCGCAAAAGCGGGCAUCAUCCUGGGAAUACAUAACAUAUUUGUUGUGGUACCGCAGUUCCUUGUAACGGGCAUCUCAUCCAUUAUUUUCGCUGUCUUCGACAAAGAUACCAGGGUAGCCCAUGACGGAGACGCCAGCUCCGCAAAAAACGGAGCCAAGGCCGCAAGCAUCAUGAAUGCAGCUGCAGGGUCAAAUUCGGUGGUGUAUGUGUUCCGGAUCGGCGGCAUAGCAGCAUUGAUCGCCUUUGUGUUGAGUUGGCGACUCGCAAAGGAACUCAGACACCGAUGA